GGAGGAUGUGUUGAAGUGUGGUUCUUGUGUGUAUAUGGUGCAGUGCGGUGCUGUGCCUCGAGAGAGAGAAUGGCGUGGUCGGAUUUCGCGUGCACCUCGCCGUGACGUGGAAAGUCGGCACUGAAACCGUUGGGCGCUAAACUGAGGAAUGGAGGGAACGUGGCAGUGGGAGCAGCGAAAGCACUGCCAUAUCAUUCUGCUCAACCCUUUGUCGUACGUAAAGGAGAACCCGGAACAGGCUGCAGAUGAACGAAAGCGGCUACAAGGUAGUGCCUGCAAGGAAGAAGACACCCUGAAGAAGAGGAGUCGCGUGCCGGGUCUGUAGCGCUCGGUAAGGAAAGAAAGGGCCCCCCGAGCAUCAUCAAGAAGGGGAAGGGGUCGACAUGGGCCCGGCACACCAAAUCGUACUCCACUGAGCGAUGCAAGUAGUUAGGGCCGGGGCCCUGCUAGUGAGCAUGUGGCUCACUAGAGAAUGAAGAAACAAAACGUCCGGACCCUAUCGUUGAUCGUCUUCACGUUCACCUACCUCCUCGUCGGCGCAGCAAUCUUCGACGUCCUCGAGUCCGAGACGGAGAAACGACGCAAAGAAGCAUUAGACGCCAUUGAAAAGAUGGUUAUACGCAAAUACAAUAUAAGCGAGGACGACUUCAAGAUCAUGGAAACAGUGGUGCUGAAGACGGAACCUCAUAAAGCCGGUCAACAGUGGAAGUUCGCCGGAGCGUUUUAUUAUGCAACCACGGUCCUCACGACUAUCGGUUACGGACAUUCAACGCCGAACACCAUAAGCGGUAAACUGUUCACGAUGUUCUAUGCGAUCGUCGGAAUCCCGCUAGGACUCGUAAUGUUCCAGAGCAUAGGAGAGCGUUUGAAUAAAUUCUCGUCCAUCGUAAUACGGAACGUAAAGAAGCUUCUUAACUGUAAAGAUGUCCAGGCCUCUGAAAUAAACCUUAUCUGCGUGGUGACAACCUUGUCUUGCUUAACGAUUGCGGGAGGUGCCGCGGCGUUCUCUAGGUAUGAGGGGUGGUCAUACUUCGAUUCCAUCUAUUAUUGUUUCAUUACACUGACAACCAUCGGCUUCGGCGAUAUGGUCGCGCUGCAAAAGGACAACGCGCUAGACAACAAACCCGAGUACGUGAUGUUCGCCCUGAUAUUCAUACUGUUCGGCUUGGCUAUCGUCGCAGCCUCUCUCAAUUUAUUGGUCCUGCGAUUCGUCACGAUGAAUACCGAGGACGAGAGGCGGGACGAGGCUGAAGCUCUACAGGCUGCGCAAGAAGCACCGCGCCUGGAUGGCGACGUAAUAAUGGCGAACGGCUCGAUACUGUCGGGCCAAAUAGGCAACCACGGUGACACGAUAUCGCUGGACGACGACACGUCGGUCUGCAACUGCCGCUGCAGCGGCUUCCAGAAGAAACGACGGAGACCACGGUUCACGGUCCGCCGCUCGCCCGGUAAGAUCUCGCACCUGCUGCCGAUGCAGCAGCUGCCCACGCUGAAUAUACACACCGAGCAUUGCGCGCCGCCCCCGACGCCGUUGCUGCAACUGCCGCCGUUGUAUCAACAUCGAGCCAGCAUCUGACGAUCGUCGAUCGUCAGCUUGAUGCCGCAAGAACUGCCGCGACGGGUCUCCGUCUGAGACUUCAUCGGACGAGAAUG